AGGAUCCCCAGCACAAACAAUAACAAAGAUCUAGAAAAGUUUUAAUCUUCGUGAAAAAUAUCAUUUUAAUUAACUUUAAAGGAUUAUUAGAUAUGUUGGAAGCAUUAAUUAGCAAUGGUAAAUGUAUCUAAAGGAGUUCUAGUUGAAUGUGAUCCGGCGAUGAAACAAUUCCUACAACAUUUGGAUGAAAAGUUAUUAUUAGGUCGAAAAUUUAUUCUACAGGAUUUAGACGAUAAACAUUUAUUCAUAUCUGCUGAUAUUGUGGAACUGCUACAAUCUAAAAUUGAUGAUUUAAUGGACAGAUUUAGUUUUCCAUUGCACGAAAAGGACGCAUAAAGUGAAAAUUGUGAAGCAUAGACUUUGUGAAUUAAAUAUAGACUUAAAUAAUAUAAAAAGGAAGUGAAAAUGGCAACACGUGAAUCGGGGAGAAUUAGGGAUGUGGAAAAGAAAAGAGUUCUUGAUGACUUGACACGAAGAAGACGAGCUAGAAAGGCUCUUGAGGCACUCGAGCAAGACAAUUUUCAUGAGGAUCCUCAUGCUGAUUUAGUCAUGUCAAAAAAGAUCCCAAAGUUUAAUAAUAGCUUAGAUAAUCCACGUAAGAAAGGAAGAAAGUCUCGUGGGGCUGAUUAUUAUCGAAUUAAAUAUCGCAAGACAUUCCAGCAACUACUCGAGGAAGAUCGUCAAUUGAACGCAGACGGGCCAAAUUAUUCAACAGCACAAGCACCAGAAACAAAUUAUCCACAACGUCAUUUUUGUGCUGUUUGCGGAUUUCCAUCAAGCUACACUUGUGUUUCAUGCGGAACAAGAUUCUGUUGCCUCAAAUGUCAAGCCACACAUCAAGACACUCGAUGUCUAAAGUUCGUCUCUUAAAUAAAGCUCUCAUUUUUUUCGGAUAUCCUUGUAAAUUCACUUUAGUUAAGGAAAUGUUAUUAGAAAGUGUUGAUAGGGCUGU